CACUAUUGCAUUUAUAAGGGUUUCUUUCUUCUUCAAAGCCAUCGAUCCCAAACUCAUCACCCCCUUUAAACACACACUCUCUCUCACAGAAAACUCAACAGGCAAAAUAGGAAAAAGAAAAGGCUAGGGUUUCAACUCUCUUGCAUUUCAGAGCUGAAAAUCCUAUUUGAGGUGGGUAGAAGAUCCCACGUUGGAAGGAUCACGUGGAAAAAUGGCGAAUUCAGCCAUAAAUGGUAUCUUGGAGAAGAUGACGGGUAAGGAUAAAGACUACAGAUACAUGGCCACCUCUGAUUUGCUCAAUGAGCUGAACAAGGAAGGAUUCAAAGCUGAUGCUGAUAUGGAGGUCAAAGUGUCAAAUACUGUCCUCCUACAGCUUGAGGAUGCAGCUGGCGAUGUUUCUGGACUUGCUGUGAAGUGUUUGGCACCACUUGUGAAGAAAGUCAGUGAGGAUAGGGUUUUGGAAAUGACAGACAAGCUGUGUGAUAGAUUGGUACAUGGGAAGGAUCAACAUCGUGAUAUUGCUAGUAUAGCCAUGAAGACAAUUGUUUCAGAAGUCAGUACCACGGCUGUUGCACAGCGCAUCGUUGAUUCUCUUACUCCUCAAUUAAUAAAGGGCAUAACAAGUACUGGAAUGAGCACUGAGGUUAAGUGCGAGUGUCUUGAUAUCCUAUGUGAUGUUCUUCAUAGAUUUGGCCAUCUGAUGACAACAGACCAUGAGCUACUUCUAAGUGCAUUGUUGUCUCAAUUGAGUUCUAAUCAAGCCAGUGUCAGAAAGAAGUCUAUAUCCUGCAUCGCAUCUCUUGCCUCAAGCUUGUCGGAUGAUCUCUUGGCAAAGGCAACUGUAGAAGUUGUUCAGCUUCUGAAAAAUAAGGGCCCAAAGCCUGAAUUGACCAGGACGAAUAUCCAGAUGAUUGGAGCUUUGAGUCGUGCUGUUGGAUAUCGUUUUGGACCCCAUCUUGGCGACACUGUACCCUUGCUAAUCAAUUAUUGCACCAGUGCUUCAGAAAUCGAUGAAGAACUUCGUGAGUACAGUUUGCAGGCGUUGGAGAGUUUUCUCCUUAGAUGUCCCAGGGAUAUAUGUUCUUACUGUGAUGACAUUUUACAUCUUACUCUUGAGUUUUUGAGUUAUGACCCAAACUUCACUGAUAACAUGGAGGAGGAUACCGAUGAUGAGACUCAUGAGGAGGAGGAAGAUGACGAAAGCGCUGAUGAAUAUAGUGAUGAUGAAGAUGUCAGCUGGAAGGUUCGGAGAGCAGCAGCAAAGUGCUUAGCCGCUAUUAUUGUUUCUCGUCCAGAGAUGCUCUCAAAGUUGUACAGGGAGGCUUGCCCUAAGCUGAUUGAAAGGUUUAAAGAAAGGGAAGAAAAUGUUAAGAUGGACGUGUUCAACACAUUCAUUGAGCUGCUCCGCCAAACUGGAAAUGUUACAAAGGGACAAGCUGACAUAAAUGAGUUGAGCCCUCUAUGGUUGUUGAAACAAGAAGUACCAAAAAUUGUUAAGUCUAUAAAUAGGCAGUUGCGUGAAAAGUCCAUCAAGACUAAGGUUGGUGCAUUUUCAGUUUUAAAAGAACUAGUAGUUGUCUUACCGGACUGCCUUGCUGACCAGAUAGGAUCUCUGAUAUCUGGAAUUGAGAAGGCAUUAAACGACAAAUCUUCUACCUCAAAUUUAAAAAUAGAGGCUCUUAUUUUUACAAGACUAGUUAUGGCUUCACAUUCACCUUCCGUCUUUCACCCCUACAUCAAGGCACUCUCUAGUCCUGUUUUAUCUGCUGUAAGUGAGCGCUAUUACAAAGUUACAGCUGAGGCAUUAAGAGUCUGCGGAGAGCUUGUUCGUGUUGUACGCCCAAGUUUUCAGGCAUGCAAUUUUGAUUUCAAACCUUAUGUCCAUCCAAUCUAUAAUGCCAUCUUGGCACGUCUAGCAAACCAAGAUCAAGAUCAGGAGGUUAAGGAGUGCGCUAUUUCUUGCAUGGGUCUUGUCAUUUCAACUUUUGGUGAUAACCUACAAAAAGAGUUGCCUGCAUGUCUUCCUGUCCUUGUUGAUCGUAUGGGGAAUGAGAUAACCCGACUCACAGCAGUGAAGGCAUUUGCUGUCAUUGCUAGUUCACGACUUAAGAUAGAUCUAUCAUGCGUAUUGGAGCAUGUUUUUUCAGAGUUAACGGCAUUCCUGAGGAAGGCCAACCGGGCAUUGAGACAGGCAACAUUGGGGACACUGAAUUCCCUAGUUGUUGCGUACGGUGACAGAAUUGGUUCAUCUGCUUAUGAAGUAAUUAUUGUGGAGCUUUCAGCACUUAUAAGUGAUUCUGACUUGCAUAUGACGGCUCUGGCUUUGGAACUUUGCUGCACUUUGAUGGCUGACAAGAAGUCAAACCAGAAUGUUGGUUUGACUGUUAGAUAUAAAGUUCUCCCUCAAGCUCUCAUAUUAGUCAGAAGCUCUUUGUUGCAGGGUCAAGCCCUUCAAGCGUUACAAAACUUUUUUGCUUGCUUAGUUAGUUCAGCAAAUACAACCUUUGAUGUCUUAUUAGAUUCUCUUCUUUCGAGUGCCAAACCAUCCGGCCAAUCUGGUGGACUCGCAAAGCAGGCUCUGUACUCUGUGGCCCAAUGUGUGGCUGUUCUUUGCCUUGCUGCUGGGGAUCAGAAGUGUGCACCUACAGUGGAAAUGCUUACAGGCAUUCUCAGAGAUGAUAGCAUUAUCAAUUCUGCUAAACAACACUUGGCCUUGUUAUGCCUGGGGGAAAUUGGAAGAAGGAAAGAUCUAAGCUUGCAUGCGCACAUUGAGAAUAUCGUUAUUGAGUCUUUCCAAUCUCCUUUCGAAGAGAUUAAAUCAGCAGCCUCUUAUGCCCUGGGAAAUAUUGCUGUUGGCAAUCUAUCCAAGUACCUGCCUUUUAUCUUGGACCAAAUUGAUAACCAGCAGAAGAAGCAGUACCUUUUACUACAUUCUUUGAAAGAGGUUAUAGCGAGGCACUCUCUUGAUAAGGCUGGACAGGCUGAGUUUCAGGAUACAAAUAUCGAAAAGAUACUGAAUUUGCUAUUUAACCAUUGUGAAAGUGAUGAGGAGGGAGUCCGCAAUGUAGUAGCCGAGUGUCUGGGUAAAAUUGCGCUUAUUGAGCCUAAGAAGCUUGUUCCUGCACUUAAGGUGCGAAUUAGCAGCCCGACGGCUUUCACAAGAGCCACGGUCGUCAUUGCUGUAAAAUAUUCAAUUGUUGAGCGGCCAGAAAAAAUUGAUGAUAUCAUAUAUCCUGAGAUCUCUUCAUUCCUGAUGUUGAUUAGAGACAAGGACCGGCAUGUUAGACGCGCAGCUGUCUUAGCUUUGAGUACAGCAGCUCACAAUAAGCCAAACCUUAUUAAGGGGCUUCUUCCUGAAUUAUUGCCACUUCUAUAUGACCAGACUGUUGUUAAGCAAGAAUUGAUCAGGACAGUCGAUCUUGGUCCUUUUAAGCACAUUGUAGACGAUGGUCUUGAACUUAGGAAAGCUGCUUUUGAAUGUGUUGACACGUUGCUGGAUAGCUGCCUUGAUCAAGUGAACCCCUCAUCUUUCAUUGUUCCGUACCUUAAAUCCGGUUUGGAUGAUCAUUAUGAUGUUAAGAUGCCUUGCCAUCUUAUCCUAUCGAAACUUGCAGACAAGUGUCCUGCUGCUGUCCUUGCAGUUUUGGACUCAUUGAUUGAUCCUCUUGAAAAGACUAUUAAUCACAGGCCUAAGCAAGAUGCUGUGAAACAGGAGGUGGACCGUAAUGAAGAUAUGAUCCGGAGUGCUCUCCGGGCGAUUGCCUCCCUAAAUCGCUUAAGUGGAGGUGACUGCAGUCUAAAGUUCAAGAUGCUGAUGAACAACAUAAUGAAAUCUGCUCCGCUUGCUGAAAAGUAUAAUUCAGUGCGGUACGAGUGAUUUCUUCGCAGACUCUCGGUACCUGUAUGUUUUCUACCAUUUGACCGUCUUUGUGAACCACACGGCAUGGGGAGAAGCAGCCUCCAUCUUGAUUGAGAAAGAUGCCCAUUAGAGCUUCUCACAUAUAAAGAGGUCUUGUUCCUCCAUGUUUAGAUCUUUGCUAUGUGAUUUACAUGUGCCCUUAUGCCAGUGGGGAACGAAAAUCCUGCCAUAGAUGACUGAGCCAAGAAAAGAAAAGAGUCACUUAAAUCAUGUGCUGGGUACUGGGUUUUUGUUCAUCUUUUUCUUAGAUUCUUUUUUACAAUUAUCAUCGAUGCCCCCGUGAGAGAAUGGGGCUGAAAAUCAGGCACACAAAUCAGAGUACAAAAGAAAAACAGUUCCUAUUAUGGGGUUUUGAUUAUUAGGUAUGAUUCUGUAAAUGCAGCUCCUUUUUUCCA